ACCGCGGGUCCCCGUCCCGGAGAUGCGAGCGCCGGCAGCCGCGCCGCCACAGCUCCCGGCCCGGGCGGGCUCCUCCCGCGGGUGCGCCUGAGCCUCCGCGCCCCGCCGGCCCGGGGCCAGAGACGAUGAUCCCGCCGGGGGAGUGCCUGUACGCCGGCCGCAAGAGACGGAAGCCCGUUCAGAAACAGAGGCCAGCCACGGGGGCCGAGAAGUCAAACCCUUCCAAGCGGCACCGGGACCGCCUCAACGCCGAGCUGGACCAUCUGGCCAGCCUGCUGCCACUCCCUCCCGACAUCGUGUCGAAGCUGGACAAGCUUUCUGUCCUGCGUCUCAGCGUCAGCUACCUUCGCGUGAAGAGCUUCUUCCAAGCUGUCCAGAAGGGCCCGCGGCAGCCAGCAGCCAGUGUCCCUGCACCCGAAGACCGCAGUCCCAGUGCGAGGUCCGCCGUGCUGGAGGGAAGACUGCUGCUGGAGUCUCUCGAUGGCUUUGCCCUGGUCGUGAGUGCGGAAGGCAUGAUAUUUUAUGCUUCAGCAACAAUCGUGGACUAUCUGGGCUUCCACCAGACGGACGUGAUGCACCAGAACGUCUACGACUACAUCCACGUGGACGACCGCCAGGACUUCUGCCGCCAGCUGCACUGGGCCAUGGACCCGCCGCCCGCCGACACAGAGGACGCCGUCCUGGGGAGGCUGCUGCGCGCGCACGAGGGAGGCGCCGACGCGCCCGCGGACUUCUCGGCCUUCCUGACGCGCUGCUUCGUGUGCCGCGUGCGCUGCCUGCUGGACAGCACGUCGGGCUUCCUGACAAUGCAGUUUCAAGGAAAACUAAAAUUCCUGUUCGGACAGAAGAGGAAAGCACCAUCGGGGACAGCCCUGCCCCCUCGGCUCUCGCUGUUCUGCGUUGUGGUGCCCGUCUUCCUACCUCCUGUGGCGGGGACGAGAGCGAAGAACGUGUCCCUGAGGGCAAGGCACAGGGUGGACGUCCCGGCCCCGACGGACGCAAAGGCGAGAGCUGCCGCACAUCAGGGUGAGCUAGACCUCCACGGGCAGCCCAGCCACCUCGCAGGGAGGAGCAACGGAGAAAACAUUGCAGUGCUCAGGACACAAGCGGACGCGGGACUCUGGGCCCGGGUUCCAGCCAGGGCACCAUGCCUGUGCCUCAGAAGUGGCCCCGACCUCAUUUCUGACCCCGAGGGGGCUGCAGGGGACAGGGGAGGAGACGAGCACAGGAGGGUACCCAGUAGCUGCUCAGGAGCCAAAGGGCGGAGGGAAAUGCACGCCUACAGCUGCUGCUUCGAGGCGCCUGGACCCGUGAAGCCUCUGAGCUGGAUGCCAGGGAAGCACGGCCAGGACGGGGGCACCAAGUUGAAGCCAGGGCCCAGCGAGAGUGUCCCGUUCUCUGUGCGUGCUGUGUCCCGAGGCUCCUGCGUGCCCUGCCCAGGCGUUCAGGGCCCCAUCCACGCCAGCGGCCUGACUGCUUUCAGAAAUUCACCCAGCUGCCACCCAGGAGGCCAUUCUCCCCGUGCCUACGUCAGCUGCACCGGCAGAGCUCUGCAGGACGGCGAUCAGGGCCAGGUGCGCCCCCUGCCCAGCUGCCCCUUCCCCCAGGGGAGCCUGGACAGUGGGCUCUCUCAGCCCAGAGGGCAGCGUCUCACAGGGGCAGGCUAUUCCAUUGAGGACACCAAGCUUCGAGGUGGGCCUGUGCCCUCGGGAGCCUCGUGCAACCCCAUCUUGUCGCUUGAUGUGCCCAUCAAAAUGGAGAGUGACUCUGGGUCUGAGGAUGCAGCAAACGGCUACUCCAUGUCCCCAGGCCAAGUGUGGCUGAGAGCCAGUGGCCUGGCCAAGGGACAGAUGGUCACGUUCCCUACCAGGAUGCACCUGAAAACAGAGCUAGAAGCCAGGCCCCACCUGUAUGCUCCGCACCUGGGGCGCAGCUUGCUGGAGGCUCCCCUGAGCGGCAGGGGUCCCCUCAGAGCUGGGCGGGAGCUGGUCCCUUCCUGCCCCGCACACUGCGCCUGCCUGGGGCGUGCGCACGGCCUUCUUGAGCCAGAUCCUCCCCCCAACUUCUGUGCACAGGGACACCAGCCCCCUGCACUGGGCUGUGACUGCAGAGCUCCGGGGACCGUGCCCAUUGUCAAACGAGAGCCCCUGGACUCACCACCAUGGGCCAGUCACAGCCAGGGCGGGGUGCCUGGAAUGUUCCUCAAAAGCGCUGUGGCAACGCUGAUGCCUCCCAAGGCCCCCGAGGGCGCUUUCCUGCCAUAGAGUGGGCUGCUCCCACAGCUUGCCUCUGUCCAUGCUCAGACUCGCCCUCAGCUGGGGCGGUGCGCACAGGAUCCAAGCCUUUCUGAAGGGACACUCUGCGAGGCUGCCCUAGCUCAGUCCUCUGUUAGGUGUGGGCAGCAUGUGUGACGGCAUAGUCUGUUUUUGGUAGACGUCACACAGGUUCUUAAGUGCAAAGUGGUCUGAAGUCUGUUCAAGUAGGACAGUAUUUCUCUUUCAAGGAUUAAGGUUUUCACAAAGAGGCCCAAGGGAGACAAGUCGGCCCGGAGGACAUCCGCUGCUCUCUGGGGGACAGUGGGCUCCUGGCCGAGCGGCCUCACGCAGUAGCUUCCAGUGCUUCCCACGCCUGCUUCCCAGCUCGCCUGCGCUGCAACGGCGGGCCACCCACUCUGUGCAGGGUACGGCAGAGGGUGGCCGUUACCCUCGGUGUACGUGAGGGAUGUAAUUCUCUCGAGCCACAGGUGACCGUGCCGCCAUUCAUGGUAGGAAUCUGGAACGUUCCAGGCGAAAGAGCAGGUCUGCGCUGGGUCCCACCCUUUGUGCUAUGUGCAGCCUGCUCCCCUCGACCCCACAGCCGAGUCUGGGGCCUCGCCCAGAGUGGAGAUGGGCAGGACAGUGUCCCGUUCCUCCCGCAAGUCUGUCCAGCAUCAUCAGGGGCCUCCAUAGGUGGUGCUACUCCGUGUCCGGUACGCGGCAGAGCUCAAGUUUACAGAGUCCAGGUUCGGAAGCAGAGAGGACAAAGUGUAGAGAGAAGAGGCAGAAGUCAAGUUGUUCGUGGAGGCUGCGCAUCGGUUUUCAAAGGAGAGUUCCAAUCGCCACCUAAGGAAGAUUCACUAGACAUAAGAUGGACAGGGAAUGUUUUCUAGAAAAACCGUGAAGGUCAUAUGCUCUGACCACAGGAGACCUGAUGCAAAGGCUGACUCAGAAAGCGGCGUCUCCCAUGAUCAGCACCAGCGACGGCCCCUUGUCCCCGGCAGGGCUGUUGGCACCGGCUGUGCUGUCCUGGCACGCAGCCCACCACCAAGCCCGCCUGCGCCAUGGUGGACACACUCCUGCCCCUCGGAAACAAGGGCAUCUGUCCCUAAGGUCGCCUUCUGCCAGGAAUCUCGGGAGAUGGCAGGAGUCCCUGGGGAAGACUUGCCUCUCCACCAUUGGUACGUCUGCUCUCCGCGGGGGGCCUUUCGCUCCAGCAUCCAUGGCUUUGGGCUCUCAGUCCAAAGCCGAGCUCAUGCACGGUCCCCUUGUCAGAACGCGGGGCUCAGCUGGGUGGACAGGGUCUUAUGGACACUUGGGCACCACCCGUGGUGCCCCUAAACAGGUUGCCAGCUUUGCGGAAGGGUCCCCCUUAUGGGAUGGCAGGAGCUGAAGGCAUCCUCCUGGCACGGGCAGAGACGGUCACCCUCUGGAGCCCGGGGUUGGGAGUGGUCAGCAUGUGGCCCCCCAGGGCCAGCCCAGCAGCCUCUCCCUAACUCACCUCCCUGAGGCCUUGCCAAAGGUGACAUUGGUGCUGUACUAUCCCCACUGCCCCCACCAGAGUCUCCCCAACCUGUCAUGAGGGACACCUGCUGGCGACCUCCGGCUGGCCCGGACCUGCCUCACGCAGUUCUCAGGCUGAGCACAGCCUACCCUGGCUCCCCAAGACACGGGGCAGAGUCCCGGACUGCUCUUCCUUCCUUCCUACUCAAAGCCGGCACUUAAGCCCUGGCCCUUUCUUGCAUGGGACCGUGCACCUCCCUGGGCUCCCUCCUGUGAGGGCAGGUUGCCUCACGCUUCCUCCGUGAAGGAACCACCCAGCGGGCCCCGGCUGGCUGCAGAACUGUGUCCUGAGAUGCACGGGGGCUCCCCCAAGAGGGAUGCCUGCCUUCCCCAACUCAGGAUGCAGAAGAUGGGGAGAAUUGCACGCGUGUAACGUGUGAUUCAGAAAACACAGGACUGAAAAGGUGAGAUUCAGACGCCAUUGCGAGUUUGCACGCCGUAGCCAGGCCACGCGUGACCACAGAUGAGCUCCAGAUGAGAGCCCCAGGGAGAAGUCUCUUGAAGCCCACAGUCACCGCUGCCCUCGAGGCCCCUGGUCCCCAGGCGCUCCUCCCCGUGGGCAGUCGGAUGCGUGGGCCUCAUCCUGUGCCCUGCAGUCGGCAGGCAGGUGGGUCCUGCUGUGCUAACGGAGAAUUCCACAUCUGGAAGUCAGCUCUGGGGUCUUGUGUUCUGGAGAUGCCCACCAUCCCGGGGCCCCUUGAACACUGGGUCAGCACCCCAAAAUGUCCUUGAGUCAGCACAUACCCCUCCCAAAAAGCGUUGUGUGGGAAAAUGAUGGAACGAGAAGCUGCAAAGCGGUCACUUUUGCUCUAAAAUGUCAUUAUCAGUACUAAUGCUAGGCUUACGUUUUUCUGUUGUCUCGUAGCUUUUGCUUAUAUGCUAAAAAGUAUUAAAAUCAAACGUAGUGUGGGCAUGGAUGAACAGGAGGACAUGAACACAAGUUACGGUUUAUACUUUUACAGCUUCUACUAGAGGAAAAAAGUUUCCGAUAUCCAGACUGACCUGUUGAAUUUUUAAAAAGUGGAUAUAUUUUAAUGAAACUUUUAACACUGUUUUAAUACUUGCCUUUGGUAAGAGCCUUCAAAUAUAUUUCUGAUACUGAGGUAUGUAUUAAAUAUGCAAUGUUGAUGUAAAAUAAAUCCCAGGUUAAAUCAUA